AAUGAGCGCACGAGCAUCAUGAGUGGAGUGAUGGAGCAGGAAGCGCACGACUCUAAUAACGUCAUUCUCGUUUUCACGGGCACACACAGAUAUUGAAAAGACUUUAACGGGACUCUAAACGCAUAUAACGGCCCAUUUACCGGAGAAACACCGGGUGCGACUGAACUGUUGUUUUAUUUGGAAUAUUCAAUCGAAAAUAGAAACUCGGCGCGAUGUUUCCGGAGUGCACUACAGGGUACAAAAAUGAGGAGUGCAGGGUUACAGCUGAUUGGCUGUUAGCUCAGGUACCAGUGCGCCCUCUGGUGGGUAUCGUGUGUGGCUCAGGUCUCGGUGGACUGGCAGAUAUGCUGAAAGAUCAGGUGGUCAUCAACUACAGCGAUAUACCCAACUUCCCUCAAAGCACUGUGCACGGUCAUGCUGGAAAGUUGGUGUUUGGGACUCUUAAAGGGAAAGCGUGUGUUUGCAUGCAGGGACGGUUUCACCUCUAUGAAGGAUACCCCAUUCAAAAGACCACCUUGCCCAUCAGGGUGUUUAAACUAAUGGGCGUGGAGACUGUGAUCCUGACGAAUGCUGCGGGCGGACUGAACCAGAACUAUAAAGUGGGUGACAUCAUGGUUAUAAAAGAUCAUAUCAACAUUCCAGGUUUUGCUGGGAACAACCCAUUAGUGGGGCCAAAUGAUGACAGAUUUGGCGUGCGGUUCCCGUGUAUGUCAGACGCGUAUGACCGUGGACUGCAGCAGCUCGCUCAUGAGGUCGCAACAGAAAUGGGUUUCUCAGUGUUCAUGCAUGAGGGCGUGUACAGCGUGCUCGGAGGGCCGUCCUUUGAGACUAUUGCUGAGUGCAGGAUGCUCCGCCUCCUUGGAGCCGACGCCGUGGGUAUGAGCACCGUUCAUGAGGUGAUUGUGGCCCGUCACUGUGGAAUGAAGGUCCUCGCUCUGUCUCUGAUCACCAAUCAGGCUGUGAUGGAUUAUGACAGUGAGAAGAAAGCCAAUCACCAAGAGGUUCUGCAGACAGGUGAACUGAGAGCCAAACAGCUGGAAAAACUGGUGUCCAACAUGGUCUCUCGCAUUUAGCACCAGAAUGACAAAGCCUGUUAGUGAACGCACCCCGUCAACCACCUCAAACAUCACACAUACACAUCCAGACGGUUAGAUGCCAGCUAGAGGCCUUUAGUGUCAUGAAUGUUAAUCUUCGACUCUUUACUGUCUAGCCUUUUUGCUUUUCAAUGUUUACAUUCCAGAGAGAAAGUGUUUUAUGUUCCAAUGUAACGUCUUAUACAAACUCAAAUGUGCUACAUAUCACUUACAUAAAUCAAGAGGUGAAGUAAUUAAGGUAAUGGAUCAUUACGGUAUCAAUAUUUUUAGUAUGUAUUUAUUUUCCAAAUGUCUUCAAUUUGUAUUUAAAAAUAGUAUUUAAAAUGAAGUUAAAGAAGUGGAAUAUACUGUACUGUAGAUUUUUUUUUGAUCAAGGUAAUUGGGAGUUUGUUUCUGUUUUCUUAAAAAAUA